UCAUCGCUCUGUGUCAUCUCGGUGAUUUAGUUCAGCAGCCUGGUUGGACGGCAGAACUAGUGGACCGCAGUGGGAGUAGCAUUCAAGCGGGUUUGUCGCUGCUGCAUCAGCAAGGAUGGAGGUGGCAGUGGACGCCUAUCUUGCAGUGCCUUUACUCUUCACCCUUCUGGCCGUCUUGGUGGCGUCUUUGUACCUCAAAUUCCGACCUUCGGAUGCCAGCGGCAAGGGGGAAGGAGGAGGAGAAGAGGUGAAGAAGAAGGAGGAGGGGGAGGAGGAAGUGAAGGAGGCGGCCGCCAAAGUUGACGAGAGCAAAGCCGAGGAGAAGCCCAAAAGCCCGGCUGAGGACGGGAGAGAGCCCGAGGGAGGCAGCGAGGAGCCGGGGGCUGGGAAGCCCGAGCCAGCCAAGGGGAAGCUGACGGUCGAGGAGGUUGGAGCGGCGGACAGUCCGGACCAAGAGCUUGCAUCUGCCCAAGACAAGGGCAACCAGGCAAAGCAAGAGGCCACUCGCACCGAGGAAAAUGAAGGGAUUAAAAAAUCAUCUGAAGACGAAGCGGAGGUUGAUGGCACCAACACACCCCUUCCUGAUGACACUGCUGAUGACCUAGUUGAUGAGUACCGUCCUGGCAAGAUUCGACACAGCAGCUAUGAAAAAACAUUGACUAAAGAUCAACUGGAGGAAGAACAGCGGGUUGAGUUAACCCCUGACCUCACCUCCGUCUAGGUUCUAGGCCCGAUGACAAUUUGUGUAACGGUGUUUUGAGCAAAAGAGUAGAACCGAUUGGGAGUCUUAAACGUGAAUUAUCUGAGGGCUUGGAGGCUUGAAUUUUGCCAGACAACAAGCCAAAAAACUCAUGCAGCUUAUCCCGACCAGGGCGAUACUGUUAAAGAUCCUGUAAUAGAUGUUGCAAUAGAAUCUAAUAUAAUAGAAAGCAUUUAUUUUGUAGUCAUUUAUAAUUCACAGCUUUGAGUUGCAGUCUAAUGCAGAUUAUCAAACAAUGUUAAAUUUAAUCACAGUAAGCCUUGUAUCUUUGUAACUAAUACAAGACAGCCAUAUUAUUUUGCUCGCCAAUGCAAAAGUUUGGGUUAAGCUUAAAAGGAAAAUGUUGUUACAGGGUUGAAGUACGUAACUAUUUUGAAUGUUCUAGUUUUGAAAACUUGCAUUUGUAAUUCUGAAAUGGCAACAUUUGCUUAAUCUAUUACAUGUCACUACUUUUGAUGUUUAAUAAAGUCUUCAAAGGU